AUGUUCCAAGUUCCACGACUGCUUCGCUUCUCUUGUUUUCUCGUCUUCAACAUCACAUCUCUUACCUCCACACUGUUCAUCCUAGCUUUUCUUCUUUUGGAUCGAACCAGUCGACAGGCACUUUACAAUCAUAUCAUCAUCGUUCUCCUCAUUCUCGGAUUCAUCUAUGAGUUGACAAACAUUCUGUUUCAUCUGUAUAAUGAUUACAAUGGCGUGCCUCUCUCGACAUCACCUGCUUUCUACAUCUUCUGGGUGUUUCUCGACUAUUCAUUGUACUCACUACAGAUCGCUCUCUUCGCUUGGGCCAGCAUCGAAAGACACAUUCUCAUCUUUCACGAUCAAUGGCUAUCGACAGCAAAGAAGCGACUGUUUAUUCACUAUCUACCACCAACCAUUAUCAUUGUGUACUAUCUCAUUUACUAUUGUAUGGUCUAUUUUGCCACCCCUUGUGAUUAUUCAUUCGAUGGCUUUUUACAUGGUGGUAUCUAUAUUCCUUGUCCGUUUGAUCGCACGUUUCUGGCAAGUUGGGAUCUUCUUGUUCACCAAGUUUUUCCGACGUUGGUCAUUGUGGUGUUUUGUGUUGCUUUGCUAGUCCGUGUUAUCAGACAAAAGGCACGAAUGCAUCGUGCUAAUCGAUGGCGAGAGAGUCGGCGGAUGACAGUUCAGUUGCUCUCGAUCUCACUUAUCUACGUAUUAUUUAACCUUCCGUGGGUGACUGUCAUCUUCGCGUAUCAGUGUGGUUGGCCAGCUUCUCUUGCCAUCGAUGCAAUACUGUUCAGUAAAUUCCUGUGCUAUAAUGUGAUAUUUUGUUUUCCGUAUGUAACGUGUCUGGCAAUGAAGCAGUUUCGUGUGAAAGUGAUGGAACUGACUUGUUAUCGAGGGAGAGGAAGACAAGUGGUACCUAACAGUACGAUAGGAAACGCUGUACAUGGUAGAACGCUGUUGGAGAACAAGGAAUUAUCACAUGCACAAUAA